AUGGCACCCAAGAAGAAGAAGAAGAAUGCCCCUCGCAAGCAUGCAGGUCGUGCCCGCGUUGACCAGAAGGCCACAAAAAACCCAACUCAAAACGAUCCCGAUGACGAUGAGCCCUCAACUUCAAGCGUCAACGAGACCGGUAAGGGCAAAUCAUGCGCGAAUGCCUUUCUGACUCCGUUGACAUUCCGAUCAGACGCUGUCGUUCCCGUCACGCCCGAGAAGAAGAACUUGCUGUUCACACUUCCUCUCGAGCUACGCAUCAAGAUCUGGGGCCUCGUUCUCAGCACUGGUGAUUUCCACGAAGAGACCCAGUCGCACAUGUACAAGAUCGGCGAGCGCAGACAGCAGCGCCGCCACAACAUCCACUCUCGCAUCCACAACUACACACUGGACAACAUCAAGUACAACCACUUUGCCCUCUUGCAGACUUGCUGGACCAUCUUCGAAGACAUUACGUCCUGCGUCAACAUCACGGCCUCGUUUUCCUUCGCCAACGCCGAGGUCCUGGCUACCUUCGCUGCCGGCCCUCUCGCAACCCCCUACUGCUUCACUCGUUCUCGGGACAAGAACUUCGAGGACUUUGCUAUCAGUACCCUUGACGAGGCUUGGUAUCUUGACGCUGGCAACCUGCGCAUGCUGGCAUUCGCCAAGGUCCUCAAGGUUGUGGAGCCGGGUAGAUUCAAGAGCGUCGAGGACAUCUUGGGACGUGCGAUCAUCUCAAGAAUCGAGGAGCGUUAUAAUUACUUCAGAUGA